CUGAUGGAGAUGCAAAAGGAGAGAAGGGCGUUUGGGGCUAUUUGUCCCAACCUGAGGGGCCAACGGGGGAGCAGAGCUGCAGGAAACAAUAAGGGUACAGUGUUGGUGCCAAGAAGCAGCAGUCCAGUCACUGUGUACGUUGAGCUCCCCUGCGUCACUGAACAAGCUUUUUCAACAAUUGCAUGGAAUGAUUUGGAAGACUGUGCGUCUGUGGUGAGACAGGAGAGAAACUCCCUCUGCUCUCAGGUGAACGAAUCUGAUGCAGAUGACCAAGACUUUGGAGAUUAUGCCUUGGAUUUCAUUGCAGAUUCUCCUGCCACGCUGGAGAGCAGUCUGUCUCCAGCUGAACUGGUACCAUUUCAGGGAUGUGUCAUACCUCCACUCACCCCUCAGCGGGAAUUCUCUCCAGAGGACAGCCUGGUAGAUUCAUCCACAGAAAAAGGCCACCUGAUCGCUCAGGAUGGAGCUUCCUGGAAGGACAUGGCACAGUGUUACAGCAGCGCAUCCGGACAUUCCAUAGCAGUCAACAAACAGCUCCAUGAGACUCUGAACAGGCAGCAGGAGGAGACUGACUCCCUUGAGGAAAGGAACGUUCACCUCCGGCAGCUGGCCAGUAGAGCAAAACACCUGGCAUCAGUGCUGGAAAAACUGAUGACAGUCAGAGACCCCAGUGUCAGAGAACCAGUGAUGCCUUGCAGUGAUAAAACCUCACUGAGUCCCUGUAAGCGGCAGCGAAUGGACGAAGGUUAUGAAACCGAGUCCUCUGACUCAGUGGAGGACAUGCUGAGGGACGUCAGCACUCGCUGCAAUGCUGUUCUGCACAGCAGCGCUACAGGAACAAGACUGCAGCAGGAAUCAGAGACUGUACGGAUGUUCGGAGCAUUCUCAGGCCUGCAGACGACUACAUCCAAAGACAGCAGCGUGACUCUCGAUGGAGAAGAUGCUGAAAGUGUGUCCUCUUUCAGAACCUCUGUUAGGGAACACUGCACCAUAAGGACUCAGGUGUUUCCUCAUGGACAUGCUUUUACCUCCAGGACUCAACAAGGUGGAUACCGCUUCCGCUGGGUUCCCAACCACAGCUGAAUUCAAAGAUGAGCAUGUAAAGCUGUAGCCGUGACGUGGUUCUGAUUAGUGAUAUGAAGGAGCCUUGAGUCUGUACAAGGCUGGAAGGAAGUGUGGGUGGGCAUCAGCUGUUAAUGCUUAACUGAUAAUCUAUACUGAUAUCUGUAAAUGAUUAAAUGAUGGCUUCCUCAGGUAGCUCAUAAGCUAAUCUGUCAGAAGUGGCGUUCUACAAAGGAAAUGACACUGCCUAUGCUGUUGUUUACAUUGCAUUUCUGUUUACAUGCCUCUAUAUUUUUGCAUCUCACUACCGAUGUUUGUACUGGAAAAUAUCAAUGAUUUGCAAAUUUGGAAAUAAAAUCAUUUUAAAGAGUGUAAAAAGGUAUGUUUUGGGGGG